AUGGAUGAGAACGCCAUCACUAAGAGACUUUUUGACGAGCUUACUCCCCAAGCCGAGAUCUUCCGUUCCAAACUUAUAGAGGACUUUCAUCUGUUGGACAGUCUUGAUGAGCAUGGGCAGUCAGAUGUGCCUAAAUACUACACACAGGAGUUAUAUGAUAAAGUGAAGCUUCACAAGAUGAUGCUAGACAAUCCAGGAGGGCUCGUCAAGUUUCAGGUGUACUCAAGCAAAGAUAAAGCAGAGGUCAGCAAGACUGAUCGACGAAAGAACCGUGUCCGCAAUAAGAAUUCCAGAAACCCGGCCCUGAAUAUAUGGGCAAAUUUUGUGCUGAAGAGCUCUCUCUUCCAGAAUUUUAUGCUGGUCUUGAUUUUAGCCAACUCCAUCGCUCUUGGAAUUCAAUCAGAGGUAUCCGGUAACAACGACCCAAGCCUGUAUGGUUUGAAUCAAGCCCUAGUUAUCUUUGACUACUGUUCCCUGUUCAUCUUCAUGAUUGAAAUCAUUCUCAAAUGGAUGGACGACUUUAUCUCCUUCUGGAAGAAUGGCUGGAAUAUCUUUGACUUUAUUGUGACAGUUGCGUCAUUUGUUCCAGAGAUCAUUGCAUUUACUGCUGGGGAUUUGAAGGAGUUGCGCGUCAUCGUCAGUAAUCUACGCGUCUUUCGUAUCUUACGCUCCCUCAAGAUGGUUUCUCGCUUCCAGCAGGCUCGACUCAUUGCUUUGGCCAUCACCAAGGCCUUCAAGGCUAUGACAUUCAUCAUGUUACUUCUUCUUCUUUUUGCUUACAUCUUCGCAAUCGCUGGAGUCAUCUUCUUCGAUAACUACACGAGGUCGGACCGACAAGACUUACUCUAUAAAGACAGCUUCAGUACUAUCACCAACGCACUGAUCACAUUGUUCCAGCUCUUCACAUUGGAUCAAUGGUAUAAGGUACUGAUGGAUAUGUGGAAGGUUACCGACCGAUUCUUCACUACGUUCUACAUCAUGUUGUGGAUCUGUAUUGGCUCCUUCAUAUUCCGCAAUAUCUUUGUGGGAAUCAUGGUGAAUAAUUUCCAGUCAAUUCGUAAUGACCUCUUUAAUGAGGUCAAAGGUCAUGCAGAGACAAGAGAGAUUGCCCGCAAUGCUGAAAAGUUUAACGAGGAGCUAAUUAAACAGGACCAGAAGCUUAAAGCAAGGCGAAUGACAAUCACAGCCAAUCAGCAGUUACUCUCGGAAGCAAACCAAAGUGAAGAAGAAAAUAUCUCCAAAUCUGCAGCAGCUUCAACAGAAAAGAGUAUGACAGAUGCAACAAAAGAGAAAGGACAACCCAAAGAAGCAUGGACAAGUGAUUAUGAAGGAAAACUAUCCCAAGAUACUGUUGAAGAACUUAAAAGACAGAUAAGUUAUAUUCAAGUGGAAGAUGAACAAUCUUCAGACAAUUGGGAGAAGCUUGUACAUGAUAACAUGCAGCUCUUGUUGAAGACACCAUCGGAGACUCUAUGGCCUAGAGACACUCUCUUCAGAUACUUCCAGUUGAUGGAAUCUCUCCAAGAGAAUCUUCAAGAAAGACAAGAUCUUAUGGAUCUCUCAUAUCAUGCGUUAUUGCAGAUAUUUGACUCCUAGCUGGUGGAUGUGACUGUAACAAACCAUUCAGAGUGGAGAAGCGACAUACGGACACCGGACUUUCAUUGUAUAAAGUGUAAAUAUUGUCUAUUUAAUUAAUAGAUUGGUUUAAGGAAUUCUUUAAUAUUGACUUCUUUAAAAAUUUUCAGUUUUGUUAGUUCAUUAAAAUGACGUAAUUUGCAUUGUGAAAAUCAACUUUAUUUAUUCUUGGCCCCUUGAAAUGUACUGUAAAUUUUUGUUUUCUUUGCGGUUUGAAAA